CUCUCUGAGCCCAUCGUUAGGAAAAAGCUCAAGAUUGGGAAGGAGGAGAAACUCAUGAGGAAAAAGAAACGGUCUUUACUCCCGAACGAAGACCACUGCACCCCCAUCAAGUCGCUGCGUAACAUCAAGCAGGAGCCUGAGGACGAUCCCCAGCUCGGCUCAGUACCUCUCACUCCGCAACGAGCCAAGGAGAGCGACCAAUCUCGCUCCAGCUCCCCUCGAGCCGGUCCCAGCUCCGAGACCGACCCGUCCAAGGACAAGGAGAGGGACAGGGAGAGGGACAGGGAGAAGGACAGGGAGAAGGACAGGGAGAAGGACAGGGAGAGGAGCGAGCGGCAGAGAGAGAAGAGGAAGAAACGCCUUCACAACAAGGAGCUGAGCAAAGAGUUGAGCAAAGAGCUCAACCUGGAGAUCCACAAGACGGAGAGCAGCCUGGCCAACGAGAACCAACAGCCCAUCAAGACCGAAGGGGACGUGGAGAAAGCGGAGAAGCCCAAGCGCCAGCCGGCCAGCGGUGACAAACUGCACCGGCUCGGCAAAGGGCUGAACGGGGCAGCCAGGCUACGGCACCCGCUGGGCGGGGGGGAAGGGGGUGGCUUACGCCGAGCUCCCAGGGUCAUCGCCCGCCCCCCACCCUCCAUCUCGCCCACCAAGUUCAUCCCCAUGGAGCGUCACGUCAUCAGGCCCCCGCCCGUCAGCCCGCCCCCGGACUCGCUCCCCCUGGUGGACGGGGAGGACCACGUGAUUCAGAGGGAGGUGUGGAUGGCUGUCUUCGGCUCCCUCAGCCGCAGGGACCUGUGCGUCUGUAUGAGGGUCUGCAAAACCUGGAACAGAUGGUGCUGUGACAAGAGGUUGUGGACGAAUAUCGAUUUGAAUCGCUGUAAAUCGAUUACACCCCUCAUGCUGAGUGGCAUUAUCAGGAGGCAACCCGUCACCCUGGACCUGAGCUGGACAAACAUCUCGAAAAAACAGCUCACCUGGCUCAUCAACCGGCUGCCAGGUCUGAAGGACUUGGUUGUCUCAGGCUGUUCCUGGGCAGCGAUCUCUGCCCUCUGUAGUUCCAGUUGCCCUUUGCUCAGGAUCCUCGACCUCAGAUGGGUGGAAGGACUGAAAGACGCUCAGAUGAGAGAUUUGCUCUCCCCUCCAACUGACAACAGACCAGGCCAGAUCGACAAUCGUAGCAAGCUACGUAACGUGAUGGACCUGCGCCUGGGCGGGCUGGAUGUCACGGACUCGACACUCCGGCUUAUAAUCCGCCACAUGCCGCUGCUCGCCAAACUGGAUCUCAGUUACUGCAAUCACCUAACCGACCAGUCGAUGAACUUGCUCACCGCGGUGGGCAGCAGCACCAGGGAUUCCUUGACGGAGAUCAACCUAUCAGUUUGCAAUCGAGUCACUGACCAAUGCCUGGCCUACUUCAAACGUUGUGGCAACGUCUGUCGGAUAGACCUCCGCUAUUGCAAGCAGAUAAGUAAAGGCUGUGAAAAGUUCAUAGCAGAGAUGUCUGUCAGUGUUCAGUUCAGCCUGUCAGAGGAGAGACUAUUACAGAAACUUAGUUAACUGCAGGAAACCCAGUUGAAGGGACACUUGGAGACUUGUGUCCGUGAAGGAGGGACAUCGGACGUUCUGCUCCCUGUCAUUUAAUUACUCCCAGCUUCCGCUUCAAACACAGGAAAAGCCUGGAUUGGGCUGGUGGAGCGGAGAGAUUGAAAACACUGUUCAGCAACAGAAGCUGCUUACUUUGAACCAGAAACUUUUCUACUGGCUUAAAAACAUCACUCCGAAGUACAAAACUUUAUGUUUUAAAUGUGUGUGUGUGUCUGUAUAUAUAUAUUAUAUAUAUAUAUAUAUAUAUAAAAUGAAGAAACCCACACCCAUUCACGAGCGUUUGACCGAACACGGAGGGAAAAGCGAGAGGGAGAAGAAAAUAACAGAUUGAACGCAACAUUUCCAUGCACGAAUUACAAUUAGGGGCAUGUACAUUGUAAAUUUUUAUUUUUUGUUCCUUUUUAAAACCGGCCGCAGUCUUAAAAACGAAAAAAAAAAAUUGUGGACAUAUCCGACCGUAUAUUGGGAGU